CAUCCAAUAAUCAUGUAAUGACUGAUAUAUUUACCUUGAUCACACAAGGUGUCGAACGCAGUCGCGAUCGGAGAAAAUAAACUUGUGAUCACCGAUUCGACAGCGUUAAACCACAGCUACCACAGCCCAGAAACUCAAGUUUCAUGUUCUACAUCGAAUAAAAUCAGAAGUUUAUCAAACAUCGUUAAACCUUUCGUAUAUAGUAAGCUAUAUAGCUAUACGCUCUUAUAUGUUGCGAAGACAAAUCUCUUUCACGGUAGCACUUGGCGGAUAUGGGCGAUUUUGAAUUUAGCUUCGAGCAACUAUCGCUUUGCUGCAUAGACCAGAAAUCGAUGAAAUGCAGGGUGAAUCGAUGAAAAUUAGAGUUUAUCGAUUGUUUUGGUUUCGAACUGUUUGGUAAACUCCUGUUUCGUGCUUGUUCUUACUUACGAUGGAGGUUUUAGGAGAAAUUAAUAGCUUUUGUCGCUUUUGCUUGAGCCAGGACUGCGAAUUGCUUAUGCCACUAUCUAGCGCCAUCGAAGACCUUUCCUUCUCCAUCCAAGACAUACAGCAAACGACCGGAAUUUCGAUCCUUGAGAGCGAAAUCUCAUAUCUGGCCAUUUGUACAAAAUGUAGCGCCAGCAUUGAACUCGCAGUCGAUUUUCGUCGUUCCUGCCUUAAUGGAAAUAUUCUGUUUAUGCAGCUUUUCGGCCAUAUCAUCGACAAGCUUUGCUCAUCCGACAUCGUGGAAGAGUAUCUGGAAGAUGCAGAAUACGGAAAGAGCAACCCUUUGAAUAUAAAUAUGGUUCUACAAAACGAAGAGAACAAUGAAAAUACCUUGAAAGCGGACAUUGAGUCGAUAUGUCCAGUAGAAAAGUCUCAAGAACUGUUCGAUGAGCAAACUUCCAUCGGGCAGGCGGAUUGUGAAAACAAACACAGCGGGUCCGAAGAUCUCCCACCUGUGCCCACAAGCACGUUAAGAUGUAAAAGAAAAAUAACGAAUAAGAAAGUGGGCGUGACCGCAUCCCAUCCCAAAAAGGAACAAUUAAAGGAAUGGAUUGGAGAGAGUGGAGGAAAUGAAACAAGUAAACCAAUGAAACGUAAAAAAUCGGGAAAAGCCAGAAAACGAUUAUGCGGUAUUUGUGGUGCACUAGUGUUCAACCUAAUCGACCACACGCGAUCGCAUACCAAGGAAAACCUUCUCAAAUGCCCGCACUGUCCCGUACAGAUGGCUCAUGCCACUAACCUGCGAGCUCAUGUGCGUGCGUUUCACGAGAAAGUAGUCAUCAAAUCUUGUGAACCGUGUGGCAAAGGGUUCAUCACAUAUGACUCUUACAAAACACAUAUGCGAACUUACCACAAUAUCGGUGCGCAGUACCAGUGUGAAAUUUGUCUUAAAAUGUUUAAACAUCCUUCGAAUCGUCGAGAUCAUAUACAGCGAAUACAUAUUGCUGAAUGGAAGUAUGAGUGCCAGAUUUGCCAGAAAAAGUUCAAACACAAGAACAGUCUAAACCAACAUGGAAGGGUCCACUCUACCAACGCUCCCUACGCUUGUAGCCAAUGUCCAAAGCGAUUUAAGUCGCCCUAUGCGAAAAAAACGCAUGAAAUAACGCAUAGUGGCAUCGACUUUCCAUGUACAAUCUGCACUAAGGUGUACCGAUACAAGACCCUACUCAAUAUGCAUUACCGGAAAUGCCAUCCAGAGGAGUGUAAAGACGAACCAGCUUAACAAAGCGUCCCAAAUGGUAGCUAAUAAUCAUGUAAUGACUGAUAUAUUUACCUUGAUCACUUGUGGCCACCGAUUCGACUAGCGUUAAACCACAGCUACCAGAGUCCAGAAACUCAAGUUUCACGUUCUACAUCGAAUAAAAUCGGAAGUGUAUCAAACAUCGAUAAACCUU